AUGGGAACACAAUUUCUUUUAAGAAGUCAAGAGAACAUAUCCUAUGAGAGCAAUCAUAAAUAAUGUAAAAUACAUGGAAAUGCUAAUUUGAAUAAGAGAUUUCAAACUGAAUAGAUGACUGUAUGA